CAUCACUAUGACUAUGACGUCAUCAGCGAUAAACAACAACAGCCCAGAAGUUGCGGAAUGGAGGGCGCUAGGCCGAGGAAAGAGGCCUAGGCAUGGAAAGUCAGGGGAACACGACGACCUGCUCGACUGCCAUGGAUGGAGGAAGGGGCCUGGAACAGCACCGGCGCGUCUCGUCUGUGUGGAAGUCCUACUUAUACCAGUUACAACAAGACGCACCCAAACCUGCUGCCGUACUUUGCACUGACCGUCCCCCAGAUUCUCCCCCAUAUUAUGGGUUGGAGUAUCAUGGAAGAAUUAGCAGACAUCAUUGUGAGAAACUGCUCACUGAGAAUGGAACUUACAUAGUGAGACACAGCGACAGAGCAGAGGGAUUUUAUACACUUAGCAUGAGAUUCAAUGAUGUGAUCAAGCAUUUCCGCUUGUACUAUGACGGUAAGCACUAUGUGGGCGAGAAGCGCUUUGACACAGUGCAUGACUUGGUUGCCGAUGGACUGGUCACCCUGUACAUGGAGUCACAGGCGGGGGAAUACCUGAAGAAGAUGUCAGCCACCUCCUACCUCAACUCCCCACACUACACCCUCACCAAGUCCCUCAGGAGGCACAUUCGCACCAACAGAUAUGCCGUUGUUGACACUGAGAACCAGCAGCCAGUUAGCCCCAAGGACACGACCACCUUCUCCAAAGCGGAGGAGCAAGACAAGGACAACUGCAGCGCACAGGACGUCACCACACAGCGCCCUCAUCGCUUCAACGUCCACACCUUUACAGGGCUGCACUGGUGUGGCCUCUGUGGGCACUUCCUCUGGGGCUUUGUGUCGCAGGGUGUCAAAUGCCAAGACUGCAAUUUCAAAGCGCAUAAGCAGUGCAGCUCCAGAGUCCCCAAUGAUUGCUGCCCAGAUCUCAAAGACCUGCAAAGCAUAUUUGGAGCUGACCUGACCACUAGCCUGCGAGGAUCUACAGAGAGCGUGCCAAGCGUUGUAACAGAGUGUGUUUCGGAAGUGGAAGCACGGGGACUAACAAUGGAGGGCAUCUAUAGGGUUCCAGGCUCACAGGACCAGAUUGAAGCACUGAGGCUAGCAUUUGAGAGAGAUGGAAAUCGCGUGAACCUGACCGAGAAGGCAGUGCCUGACAUCAAUGUGGUUGCUGGAGUGCUGAAGUUAUACUUACGUCUCUUGCCCAUUCCCCUCGUUACAAGCCAGUGCUUCCUUAGGCUGCAAGCCGUAUGCAAGCUGAGUACCCGGGAGGCUAAAGUGUCCGGCAUUCGAGAAGCCUUACAAACUCUCCCGGUGGCACACCUGUCCACUCUCAAGGUCAUCAUCAUGCAUCUUGCUAGAGUGUGUGACCACAGUGCUGUCAAUAAGAUGACAGCUACCAGUCUGAGCACAGUGUUUGCUCCCACCUUGGUUCAGACAGCUGCCCCGGGGGAAAACAUACAGCCAGCGGAUUUGUUAGCAAUGGCCAACUCGGCUCAAGAACCAAGAGUUGUCGAGGUUCUUGUGGUCUACCAUCGUGACAUCUUUCUAUAGUUCCUGUUUGUAGGUGGAUGGUAAAAGUAUUAACUUUUUUUCACAGUGAUAUUUCCUUAGAACUGAUUAUGAAAAUACUUAUUUCAGUGAUGGUCGUAAAGUAGAUUGAAGAAUUUUUUUUUUAACAAACAGAAAAUCAUCAUAACUUUUUUUUAUGUACAUUGUAUAAGUAUGAGUAGUCAAUUACUGUGAUUUCUUCAUAAGCCUUUGUAUUUUAUGAUGACUUCGUAACACUGACCAGUAACAUGACACCUAUGAUACACCGACUCUGAUAUCAUGAUAGCUUUAGUAGGUUUUUGGUGGACUGAAGUCAAAAAAGAGUUUGCUAUCUGAGCCUGUGUACCGAAGUGUUGGUGCCUUUUAUGUGGAAUCAAAAAAUGAUCUGUAUGACACAAGUUCAGUGUGCCUAGAUACAAAGAGAAUGAAAUGAUUUUUGCCUUUCUUCACGUUUCAGGUAUAAGUGUUCUUUACUGUGAUGAGUUUUCAUCACAGGUGAUCAAACUUGUAGAACAAGUGUCUUUUCACAUUAAGCAUCUUGAUUUUUUGCUUACUGAUAUGAUAUUACAUUAAUCCAUGAGAGAUGUAGAGUGAUAAGUGCUGACUUAUAACAGAUUAUAAGGCAGUGAAUAUUACUUUUAUUUUAGUGGUUUGAUAGCUUAGGGUCCCUAUAUCUAUAUAUUGAUUAGUGUGUUAUAGCUUUUAAUGUCAGUUUUUUAUGCAUUUAAACAUUAUUUUACAGUUUAUGUAGUGUGUGUUGUAUGCACUUAAAGAAAGUUUUAUAUUAGAUUUUUCAGGGAAAAAUAAUGAAAAAAAAUGAUUGGCCUUUAUAUAUUGACAAUCAUAUUUCUAAUUCCUUUUUAGACAGCUGUUAAUCUGUACUGCAUUUCUCAAAUUUCAUUAUUAAUUAAUAGAUUUGUCCACUUUCACCCGUCUUUAUAGAGGAGCUUUGCGCUUUUAUGGUUCAAAAACAUAGUCAGUUUUUGCUUCUCUCUCUUAGCUCCACUUCCUCUUUUCCUCCUCCACCCAUUCCCCUCCUUCACCUCCUUCUUCUCCUCCUCCUCCUCCU